GCCUGUACCGGCCAUUGCUUCUGCCCUUGCACUUUCCGUGCCGCGGCGUCCCCGGACCCAUUUUCCCCAGAAGGGGAUUCCUGGGGACCCCAUCCCUGCCGGCCUGGCAGCGUCCAGCGCGGACCCCUCUUUUCCUCCCCCUAGUGAAUCCCCGGGGACUCGCCCUUCUUGACUCUCCCUACAGCGGGAUCCUUACGAGACCCCUCUUUUACUCCAUCCACAGCCGGACCCGGGUCGCCCCCUCGGUGUUCCCGAGCUCCACGUUCCCGGCGGACUUUACCUGCCGGCCCAGGAUGCCUCCCCGCGGGAGAAAGCGCGGGGCCCAGCAGCCGCCGGCCGUCGAGGCGUCGGAGCAGGCGACUGCCCCGCAGAAGCGGGCUCGUCCCCAGGGCGAGAGCAGUCCGGGGGACACCGGCCCCCGCAUUGUCAUCGAGCACUGUAAGAGCUGACGGGUGUACGGGCGGAACGCGGCGGCGGUGAGCGAGGCCCUGCGAGGAGCUGUGGCUCACCUCCCCGUGGAGAUCAACCCCCAGCAGCCACGCAGGAACAGCUUCGAGGUGUCCUUGGUGAAGGAGGACGGCAGCACCGUGGAGCUGUGGAGUGGCAUUGGGAAGGGUCCCCCCCGUAAACUGAAGUUCCCUCAGCCGGAGGCCGUGGUGGAAGCCCUGAAGAACAGCUUGGCAUAGAGGGGGCAGCCAGCCAGGGCUGUCACCCGUGGCACGAGCGUCUAUGAAGAGAUGAGAUGAAGUGGGGGGCACCUGCCAGCCCCAGUCCCGUCUCUGAUGCUGUAGCUCCACCACGAGCAGCCACCGCUGGACCCCCCUGGCUCCCCUUCAUCCCCCCUGCCAUUCCCCAAUAAAGUUCAGCAGCCCCACAGCACAGCUCCAGCCCU